AUGGUCCCACGCUCACCCUGCCACUGUCCCACGCUCACCCUGCCACUGUCCCACGCUCACCCUGCCACUGUCCCACGCUCACACCCCGCUCACCCUGCCACUGUCCCACGGUCCCACGCUCACCCUGCCACUGCCCUAUGGUUCCACGCUCACCCUGCCACUGUCCCACGCUCACCCUACCACGGUCCCACGCUCACCCUGCCACUGCCCCCAUGGUCCCCACGCUCACCCUGCCACUGUCCCAGAGUCCCACGCUCAUCCUACCACUGUCCCACGCUCACCCCUGCCACUGCCCCCAUGGUCCCACGCGCUCACCCCUGCCACUGCCCCAUGCUCACCCUGCCACUGCCCCAUGGUCCCACGCUCACCCCUGCCACUGCCCAGGUCCCACGCUCACCCUGCCACUGUCCCACGGUCACCCUGCCACUGUCCCACGCUCACCCUGCCACUGUCCCACGCCCACCCUGCCACUGUCCCACGCUCACUCCUGCCACUGUCCCACGCUCACCCUGCCACUGUCCCACGCUCACCCUGCCACUGUCCCACGCUCACCCUGCCACUGUCCCACGCUCACCCACUGCCACUGUCCCACGCUCACCCUGCCACUGUCCCACGCUCACCCUGCCACUGUCCCACGCUCACCCUGCCACUGUCCACGCUCACCCUGCCACUGUCCCACGCUCACCCCUGCCACUGUCCCACGCUCACCCUGCCACUGUCCCACGCUCACCCUGCCACUGUCCCACGCUCACCCUGCCACUGUCCCACGCUCACCCUGCCACUGUCAUCCUGCCACUGUCCCACGGUCACCCUGCACUGUCCAUUGGCCCCAUGAUGACGUCACCGGGGGAAAGGGGUUAA